AUGACUAGCGCUACCGCUGUUACCGUCAACAAGGCCAACAUCGGUGUCUUCACAAACACCAACCAUGACCUCUGGGUCGCUGAAGCGCAGCCUUCUCUCCAGGAUGUCCAGAGUGGAAAGGGAUUGAACCCUGGAGAAGUUACUGUCGAGGUCCGCAGCACAGGAAUUUGCGGAUCCGACGUUCACUUCUGGCACGAUGGUUGUAUCGGCCCCAUGAUCGUUACUGGCGACCACAUCCUCGGUCAUGAAUCUGCUGGUCAGGUCAUUGCCGUGGCUCCCGACGUAAAGCACCUCAAACCGGGCGACCGCGUGGCAAUCGAACCCAACAUUAUUUGCAACGCUUGUGAGCCCUGCCUUACCGGACGGUACAACGGCUGCGAGAACGUCGCUUUUCUGUCCACUCCUCCCGUCGACGGUCUGCUCCGUCGCUAUGUCAACCACCCCUCCAUUUGGUGCCACAAGAUUGGAGACAUGAGUUAUGAAGAUGGUGCUCUCUUGGAGCCGCUCAGUGUGUCCCUGGCAGCAAUUGAGCGCAGUGGACUUCGUUUGGGUGACCCCUGCCUGGUUACCGGAGCAGGUCCCAUUGGUCUUAUAACUCUGCUCAGUGCUCGCGCCGCAGGUGCAUCGCCCAUCGUCAUUACCGACAUCGACGAGGGACGAUUGCAAUUUGCCAAGUCGCUGGUGCCCGACGUGCGCGCCUACAAGGUCCAGACCAAUCUCUCAGCGGAGGACAACGCUCAGGGUAUCAUCAACGUUAUGAAUGACGGCAACGGCUCCGCACCGGAUGCUCUGCGACCCCGUCUUGCUCUGGAGUGCACGGGUGUGGAGAGCAGUGUCGCCUCCGCUAUCUGGAGUGUGAAAUUCGGUGGCAAGGUCUUCGUGAUUGGUGUGGGCAAGAAUGAGAUGAAGAUCCCAUUCAUGCGUCUGAGUACCCAGGAAAUCGACCUCCAGUACCAAUACCGCUACUCCAACACCUGGCCCCGCGCCAUUCGCCUGGUGAAGAACGGUGUGAUUGACUUAAGGAAACUCGUCACCCACCGCUACGCGCUCGAAGACGCCCUUAAGGCUUUCGGUACGGCUUCUGACCCUCGGACGGGUGCUAUUAAGGUCCAGAUCAUGAGCUCGGAGGAAGAUGUCAAGGCCUCGUCGGCUGGUCAAAGUAUCUAA